AUGCAUCACCGUAGGAGCGAUCGGGGCGUGUACAGUGACACCCAUGAUCGAGCGGAUGUGUUGAGCGACGAGGAGGAGGAAGAUGACUCUGUGAAAUUUGUGGCUGAUGGAAGGCGUGGAUGGAAGGUAUCAUCAUUAACGGUUUCCUUUGUGAAGUUGCCUUGGGUUGCAUUGAAGGUGUAUGCCCAGGUGUGUGCACAGUCGUUUCGCUGGUGGUUGGCUGCCUGGCAAGUGUUGCAGAUUUUCGUAUGUAUUUCGAAGUUGUUUGUGAUCCACUUCGUUUGCAGACAAGCUAUUAUUCGGCCCUUUUCCCAUGUAGGUCGAUUAUUUAGCGCAUCAGGACGAGCAAAGAUCAGUCUCCAGACGCAGAUGCAGAAGUGCCAGGAGUACUCGGAGUGGAAGAAGUUGUCCCAGGAGAUGGAUAACCUCUCGAAUAUCGAACAGUGGGCCGCGGAUGAAGCCUCAGACGUCGUGGAUUUCCGCGCUCUCAGGAAGCACACGCGUGCGCUACGACGCGCAAGAAUCCAAAACGAUGCGCCCGAGCUCGCCUUCCUCCUCCGCGUGUGCUGCCACCGCAACUUUUGCGGUCUAAGGAACCCUAUGCUCUACGCCCACUCCUUUGUUACCACAAAAAAUGUCGUCGAAGCGUUCUAUGCCGAAGUGCUCGUCAGUCUCGAGUACUUGGACCACUCCGUCAAUUCGCAAACAGACUCCGCCGGCGACUUGACCGCCCGUAGUCUAGACGGACGCCUGGACAGCCAGACACUGCGGCAGGAAGCGCGCAACGAGACGGACUCCGCAAUGGUCAAUGACCCUAUGACAACCGACCCGACGGCUAAUCACCCCAUGAUUAAUCACUCCGCAAUGGUCAAUGACUCCGCAAUGGUCAAUGACUCCGCAAUGGUCAAUGACUCCGCAAUGGUCAAUGACUCCUUCAAGUCUCCUACAGAUACUGACCCUGCAGGAACGGCUGCUGGAGUGCAAGACAAGUCGCAAGGGAGCAGUCCAGGGAGUAGUUCUAAUUCGAGCAUUUCACCGGGACGCGGAUUAAAGACGCGUGGUAAGUUGUUGCGAGAGGACUCGGAAAAGAUGGCAUGGGGUCUAAGGCAGUACGAUUCGUUGAAUUUCGGUAGUGCUGCAAUGUAUACACGGCAUGCGACACCUAACUUGGAGCAAGCGGAAGAUUCUCGGCCUCGACGCAGAGCAGCUGCGCCUCGGUAUCAGUCAGGAUGUCCGUCCCCGACAUCAGGUUUUGACCGAGAGUCGUACUUGAAUUUGUUGUCAGAUUUGCGGCUAGCGAUGGGUCGUACGGCCUUGUGCUUGUCGGGUGGCGGUGGGCUGACUAUUUAUCAUGGCGGUGUAGUGAAGACGUUAAUUGAGCAGGGGUUGAUGCCUCGAGUGAUUAGUGGUACUUCAGGAGGGAGUAUAAUGGCGGCGAUUUUGGCGACCCGGUCGAAUGAGGAGGUAUUCGAGAUGAUCAACACAGGCGCCUUUCUCUCGGGCGAGUUGGCGCCUACCUUUUGGCAACAGGUGCGUAAUCUGUUUACCGUCGGCACGUUGAUCCAACAUGAGGCCUUUUGCGAAUCCGCACGAAGUCUCGUGGGCAACUUGACGUUCGCUGAGGCUUUCAGUAAGACCGGCCGCUUCGUGUCCAUUACUACUACCCGAGCCGGCCGUCAUGCUUCCGGAGACCCGCUGGUUUGCAACGUCAUCAACACACCCACCGUUUUAGUCUGGUCCGCGAUGGUCGCCUCUUGCUCCCUCCCGCUCGUUCUCCCUCCGACGCGUCUCAUCGCUAAAGAAGAGCCCGGUCGCCGCCGCCUCUCCCACAGACGACUCCCGCCUCUUCGCAGACCUCCUGCACGUGAGUCUGACCCAGAACUCAAGCCUGUAGCCUCGAGAGACGCCUCCGUCGACCCCGCCCCACGCCUCGCGCACACCGGCCCGGAUUUGAACCGCCGACCCAACAGUGACGUCGAGGACGCCCCGCUCCACACAACCAGCGCUUACGACUCCAGUGCCGUCUGCAGCGACCCCGAAGACCAAGCCCAACCGCUCGCCGGCUCCGUUGCCCCUCUGCCAGAUGAUCCAACCCUCGAUGCGGACCUGCACGCGAUGUUGGCGGGCCCCUCCGAAAACGACACCUUGGCAGACGGGACCUCCGGCGGUGUCUUCGCUCAAGACGUAGGCACGCUUCUCAGUGUGCCCGGGCGCGCAGGAAAGAUGCCCGCCAUCGGAGCUGUCUUGGGCGCGGCGCUGAAAAGCGAGAAGGUGCCGCUCCAUCUCAAUGUCAAGCCAGGAGCUGGUGCGAACUCCAAGCCGGGAGCGGUGCACAGUGGCGGUGACCCUGCCGUUCUAGGCGGUAAGUCGGUCGCCGGUCGGACCCGAAUCGGCGAGCUGCCGGCACCGAAAACGCGCGUGAAGAGGCGUCGAUCGGGCGUGAAUUACCGGCCGGGUACGCGUCCGUAUGCACCCGGCGAUAUGAAGUUCGUAGACGGCAGCAUUUUGCAAGACAUUCCCGUCACAGAGCUGCAGACGAGUUUCAACGUUAAGAGCUUCCUCGUUUCUCAAGUCAAUCCGCACUUUACGCCCUUUAUCCAGGACGCCGGCGCCUACAAAGAGAAGGAAAAGUGGUUCGUUACUCUGGUCGAUAAGCUAUGGAACUACGUCACACUCGACCUGCGCAACCGCUACUCCAGACUGCUCAUACUCUCCAUCAUGCCGCCCAUCAAAGGUCAGGAUGUCUCACCCUUCCUCAUGCAGUCCGCCGAAGGCCACUGUACCAUCGUACCGUGCAACCCGAGCGACUUUUACCGACUCACAACUAACCCCGACCUGCACGACUUGCAAACUGCGGUCGCAUGCUCGAACACAUGA